GAGUGGCGGUGCUGACCGGACAUAUUGUCUGCGGCUGCGUUGUGGGAGCGGCUGCCUCCACAGGUGUUCGCAAGGGGUAUGAGUGGGUCACCAGCCGUCACCGCUAUUCGGACCAGGCUGAAGAGGCAGCAAGUACCAAGCCAGAGGCACCUGCUGAGACGCAGGAGACUUCUCCAAGUAGCAAGGAUGUCCUGGGGCCGCUGCAUCCUCUAGAACCUGCUUCCAUGGCAGAUGUGGCUGAGUCCACCGGGGUGCAAGGACCUCUGGGAGUGAUGUGA